AUCAGAGAGAACAAGCUAAAAGAAUAAUAAUAAUAAAAAAUCCACUAAAUCCCCAACAUAAAUUAAAUGAUCCACUAAAAGUUAUAAACAUAAAAUUUCAAAAAUAUGAAAGAAAAAAUAUUCCAUUAUUUCUUAAUAAAAUGAAAUGUCAAAAUAUUUCUAAAUACAAAUCAUGUUAAAGCUGUUAAGUUUAUUUCAAUAAUUUUGAUUGUGCCAAGUGUGAAUUUAUCACUUUAUUGUGUUUUAUCUAAACAAAUCAUCAUAUAUUUAAAUAUAAAACAACAACUACAACAACAAAAUGAUAUGGAUUCUACAACAAUACUAUAUAGUGCUAGUGAUAAUGAUAAAAAAUAAAAUUGUAAUCAGUUGAAGGAUUGUUUAGAUGUUUUCAGUUUAAGUGUUUAUUUGAUCUAUUAUCCAUCUCACUUGCUCUCCUUAAUUAAAACCCUCUAUCCAAGUAUAUGUAUCUAUCUCCUUCUCUUGAAAUAAAAGUAAAAAAUAAAUUAAAUAAAAUAAAAAAACACAAAUCAGUUAAUUAAAUUACGACCCAGCCACCUCGAACACACACAUACAAUUAAAUUACAAUUGAAAGGCAUGAUAAAAUUAAGAACAAUGAAUUUUUAGUACAAGCUACAACAUAGAAAUCUCUAAGAAUUUCAUCAGCAUUUGUAAAUGAUUGGUCUUAAAAACAUACAAGUUAUCUGUAAAAAAUAAAAUUAUAAACAAAAUUUAUUAGAAAAAAUCCCACCAACAGCCACAAAAAUGAAAGACAGUAAAUUAAGCAGUAAAAAUGGUUCCAUUGAAAUGAUCGACUCGAGUACAACUGAUGAUCCCUUCCAGCAUAUUAUUGAAAAGGCGGGUAAUCAUGGCCGCUUUCAAUUGAUCUACAAUGUAAUAUUCGUUAUGGGUCUGGCAAUGGCGGGUGCCAUGUGUUAUAUGAAUAUAAUUUUAGCCUUAAAUAUACCGGAUCAUUGGUGCACAGUUCCGGGGAGAGAGAAUACAAAUUUUACACUAAAUGAAUGGCGAAAAUUGACAUUGCCCACAACCAAGGACAAUCGAGGUACAGAAAAAUAUAGCAGCUGUCAAAUGUAUGAUGCGAAUUUUACAGAAAUUGAUGAUUGGGAGAAUUGGAAUUCAACAUCAGCAAAUGUAACAGCUUGCACAAAUGGCUGGAGUUAUGACCAAACUUGGUAUGAAAGUACAAUACCAACACGGGAGAAUUGGGUCUGUUCGAAGGAUUUGUAUGUGACAAAUGUUUUCGUUGUUGGACGCGUGACAGAAGUUGCGGGUUCAUUUCUGCUUGGACAAAUGGGUGAUAUUUUUGGCCGUCGUUUUGUUUAUUAUAUCAGUGUGAUAUUUUGCUCUAUUGGCAGACUUUCAUCAAUUGUAACGACGUCCAAUUAUACUUGGUUCCUUAUAUUUUCCGGCUUGGCAGCAUUGACCAUCAAUAGUUUAUUUCAAUCACCUCAAAUUAUUGGCAUGGAAAUAUCAAGGGAGGAAGAUCGCAGUACUAUAGCAAUUUAUCAAAGUUUUGGUUGGUCAUUUGGUACAACAUUAAUGCCUUUGCUCUUCUGGUGGCUACGCGAUUGGGAAUCAUUUAUGUGGAUAACGACAAUACCAACAGCUUUAGUCUUGAUAUUCUCCACAUACGUCAUUGAAUCGCCACGUUGGUUGAUUAGCAAGAAGCGCUUUGGUGAUGCGAUUAGACAAUUUAAGAAAAUUGCCAAAAUCAAUGGUCGCCAGUUUGAUAUGACGGAAAAGGAGUUGGCACAAAUUUACUCUGAAACAAAAGAAGAGGCUACCUAUGGCAUUGCAUCGUUGUUCAGUGGUUGGCGUUUGGCUAGAAAUACUGCUAUAAUGGGUUUCAGUUGGUGUGUUGUAGCGGUAUCUUACUUUACUUUAGUUCUAUUCAGUUCUCGCAUGAGCGGAAAUCCUUUCUUAAAUUUCCUGCUGCAAAGUAUAGUUGAGAUUCCAGCCUAUUUGUUGGGCAAAUAUUUGGGUGAUACAUUUGGACGCCGUUUUACUAAUAGUCUUUCAUUUUUUAUAUCAUUUCUAACCUGUUUACCGGUAAUAUUUUUGGCAACGGAGGAGAAGUACGAAUUUGUUGUAGUGGGUUUGGCGGCAUUUAUUAAGUUUUUAAAUGCGAUUACAUUCUUUACGGCCAGUUUACAGGGCAUGGAAAUUUAUCCCACGUGUAUGCGCCAGACUGGCAUUGCUCUUGGCACCAUUUUGGCGAAUGCUAUCGGUGUUUUGGCACCGUAUCUUGUCUAUUUAGGCACCACCGUCGACAUCCGCAGUCCCUAUUAUAUUUUGGGUACAUUAUUCUUUCUUGGCGCCGUCGGUGCUCUCUUCUUACCCGAAACACUGCACAAAAAACUGCCCGACACUAUGGAGGAGGCUCGUCAAUUUGGCAUAAACGAUAAAUUCUUCAGUCUACCCAAGGCGCCAGCAGCCAAUGCCAAUACAACAGCCUCAAGACAGGCGUCUGAUGCUGCUAUGGAAAAGCUAAAUCAGGCUCAAUAUGCACCCUAAAUUAUGUGUAUAAAAUUUUAUGUUUAUUUUUUGUUGUUUUGUUGUCGUUGUUCUAAACAACAACAUCAUCAUGAUUUUAUUUCGCAAGCAUGAUUUAGCAUUUCAGUAUUCCGAUUUUUCCCCCGUUUUAUAAUAUUUUGCCGUUGAUGUCGUUCCUACUAAUUAAUGUGUAAGAUAUUUUUUCGGUCGUUUGGUUGGCUAGUUGUUUGUCAUUCUUUUGUUGCAUAUAAUAGAACUGGAAUAGAAUGAGAAGCUGGAGAAGGAGGAGGAGAGCAAGAGUCCUUGUUGUUGUUAUUCCAUACAAUGUGUGAUGUACUUUAAGUCGUUUUCUUAAGUUUUUAUUACCUAAAUGCAUAAUAAUGUUAAAUUAGUUUUAUAUAUAAACCAAAAAACAAAAAAAUUAAAAAAACUAUACGAAAACACAAUAAUAAAAUAAUAAAAAAGAAACAAA